UUCAAUUCAAGGCCCGUUUACUCGGUAGACUCACGACCACCGCGACGAACCCGGAAGACAGGUCAGGCCUGGUCAAUUCAUACUCUCGUUCUCCGAUACAUACGCCGAAUACCUUCGAGUCUGCUCAGGCAGCGCCGCCAUCACGAUGCCCGUCCCUUUUGAGGCUCUUCUUCCCUAUGCCAUCAUGAUUGGUAUGUUCGGUAUCUCUGGUACUGGUCUUGCCGUCAUCAAGACCUGGCAGAACGAGGGCAAACGACCUCGUUACUCCGUGGAUCAAUGGGAUAGACAAAUGAUGGACCGUGACCGCCGACUUACGGGAACUCUACGAGGACAAACAGACAAACCAGAAGCGCCUUUAGGCUUCGAGCUGAACAACCCUUGGAAGUUGGAGACACGCUUUUCUUAAACAGCAAUAUGGAACCGAGGGCAAAUAACCAGAGACGACAGCCCAAAACUGCAACUGUAAACACACAUAUUCGGGGUACUAGUAGCAAGGCAUUGAAGCCUAUGAGACGG